AUGGGCCGCAUCAACCCGUCGGUGCUCUCGCCGCGCUCGCUGCGCGCGCGCCCGUUGGACGACGUCGAAUACGUCUUCGCCGAGGACUACCGCGCCUUCCGCAAGAAGUCGGGCACCGAGCAGCUCACCUACCUCGCCGGCGGCUCGUACUUGACCGGCGCCGUCAUCGGCGCCGGCCGCGGCUUCUACGGCGCCAUGCACGACAGCGCUGGGAAAGCCGCGAAGCUUAGGGUCAACGCCGUGCUGAACGGCACGGGGAAGAGAGGCGCGGCUAUGGCCAAUACUUUUGGCGUUCUCGCCCUGGCUUUUUGCUUGUCGGAGAGCAUCCUGUACAACUAUACCAGUGAUGAGACGCUGACUAACUAUGCCGCGGCUGGCGCGGCAGCAGGCGCGCUGUAUAAGAGCACGCGCGGCCCGAGGACGGCGGCUAUCUGGGCCGCUGCCGGCGCCGCUACGGCUAUUGGUACCGUUUGGGCGUCGAGGGAGGGGUAUUAUGGAAGGGGGUUGCAAGGCGUUUUGUGAGGGGGGUCGCCUUCGAUUGUUUUGCUGUACUUUUUUUUUGGUUUUGGCCUUGAACGUCGGGGUCACGUGACAAGACGGUGCGAGUAUGGGACGCUGAGACGGGACGUCAAAUCGGCGACACGAUGACCGGGCACACGAAUUGGGUGUCGAGUGUGUCGAUGAGCGGGGACCUCAGGGGGUGAGGCACGAGAGCCAUAGUGCAGUCUGUGCACGCAAACCCUGUGUAGAGCACGACGGAGAUAGCACGGGAGAAUCUGACGUAAAUGAAUGAACCGGCAA